AUGGGCUCCAUCGAAACUGCCACAUCAAUCCCACAGAUCGGCUUGUCCAACGAGCACGUCGGCAUCCUAGGCGAUGCGCUCGUCGACAGCGCCUCAAUUCAGGAAGCCAACCGUCUGCUCCAAAAGAACCACGAAGAAUGGCACAUGUUCUUCCGCGACCGGGCGGGCCACAAUCACAUCGUACACUCCAUCCUCACCUGUCUAGCCCUGGGUGGCGCGCCCGAAGACAUCCAGCGCGCCUACGAUGACGGCGUGGGCAUUCAGCGCCCGAUUCCCGAAGUCGACACGGUGACUGUCAAUAAACUUGCCGAUGAGGAAUUCUUCUAUCAAACACUGGGAACGAUCACGCAGUACACCUCCUUCCUCGUCUUCUUCCAGCAUCAGAUGGAGGAGCACGGCUGGAAGGAAACCGUAAACAAGUACGUCUUCUCGCGCAGCAAAGUAGCCGAGAAGAUGCUCGCCAGGCUCUACGAGGGCGCCUACCACCCCAUCAUCCACCUUGGCCUAGGUAUCGAAUUCCAGCAACCCGGCAUCAUCGCCGAAGCCCUUGCGCAAGCUGCUGCCCACGACGACAGCCACAUCAGCACACUUUUCGAAGCAUGUGAAGCGCAGGCAGGCAUUGCCUACCCACCUGCGAACCCUAAGUCGCUUAUUCAGCUCCUCAAUGAGACACGCGCCAACGAGACUAUCCGCACCGCUCCGCGCUGGGAGGACUUUGGGAACAAGAUGCGCGACGGCGUUGUCGGCCGCGCAAAUUUGGAAAUGGCAUAUAUUGCCUCUCAGUUCAUUAUCAAACCCGAGGACUUGGAACGUCGCACGGCAGAAAUGAUUAGUGUAUGUGCAUAUAUGGCUGGUGCAAGCCAGCGCCCGGCCCGGAAGAGGAAGAUCGACUUCUUCUACAUGCACACGCUCACCAGUUCGAUCUUCUUCAGUGUGCUCAUCAAGCAAGAUUGGAUUAAGAUUGAGGACCGGGUCCGGCUGGUCGAGUGGAAGGGGAGGCUGGAUCUGGCCUGGUAUGUUGUGAGUGGCUCGGCGGAGUUGUAUGAGGACGCGGUGACGGGGUACCACAAUGAUUUCAGUGCGGAGAUGGGGUGGAAGGAACUUUAUGCCGCCGUCAAUAAAGAGCACGAUGAUGGGCAUGUGGCUAAGAUGAUCCGCGCGUUGAAGAAUGGACAGGAAGCGUCGCGUCCAUUUGAGGAAAAGCAUCCCGAUGUGUUUCUCGUCAAGGGUGACAUGUGGUUGAAGAUCGCGCGGAUGGCAUUGGAUACCACCAAGGACUGGCAAACGGAUCAGAAGUUUGUCAACUUUACGGGCUUUGAUAUGGGAUGGAAGAUUCGCCCUGAUCUUGCUUAG